AUGUUAAACUUCUGUUCGGUUUGUGUGUCGUUAUUCGUGCUGGAUCUCCGCUUAUGUAUUUUUUUGUGCUUACUAAAAUGUUAAGUGAUUUUUGACGACCAUCGAUUUUGGUACCGUUUUAAUUACAAUCAAAAUUUACUGAUUUCCGACUGAUUAAAUGUGACUAAAAAGCGAUCGAAAAGUGAUUAUGGUUUUUUGUUUGAAAAAUGUGCGUUGAAAAUGGUUGUAUAAUUUGUACUUAGCUGCAAUUAUUAUAAUAUCUACACGGAUCCGUUUGCAUGUGAGUGAAUAACUACGUGUUGCGUUUCUCAUUAAACCACACACACAAUCAAAAGUUAAGUUCGUAACACAUGCGUCGAGUUUGUAUAGUUUUUUGUUGUUGAAAAAGGAAUUGAAAACCGUUCCUUCAUGAAUUGAAAUGAAAUAUUGAAAGAGCUGUGUGGAAUUCAAUGAAGAAAAGUUAGCAGGGGUGUAUAGGAAUAAAUAAAAAAAAAUUAUUCUGUAAAGUUGAAGUGGCCAAUACAUGUUAUAGAAUAGUGAACUAAAACUCUACGUGACUUCGAACAAAAAAGUGCAUUUUUUAUUACAUUUCAUAUUGAACACAUUGGAUAACUCUGGAUUAUUUUUGCGUACCAGUAAAACAACGACAUUCAUCCGAUUCUGAUGCCAUAGAUGUGGAAACCAAUAAUGAUGGAAUGAUUGGGGUGCAAGCAGAAUGUGGUGGCAAUUUACCACCGGUAACCACACUUCCACACGUCGUAAAUACCGCAUCGAAUUCAGCACAAAACAAUCAUCGUAACAGCACUGUCCGCGACCGAGUCGUUCAUGCUGUUGAAUACUACAAUAAUAAUGUUCUAAAAGCACGCAUCGGAGCUGGAUUAGCAUCUCGCAGUUCAGUGAACGAACGGUACUUGUUGAAUGGGCGAUAUAAUCUCGGCGCGAAUCGACUCUAUCCACAAAAUCCAGAAAAUUUGUAUCGAAGCAAUUCAAGCUUGGAACUGUUACACGACUCACACUCUCAUAAUAAUGACACCGUAAAUCUGCCAGCGCCAAAUCUUCGACGCGAGUAUGGCAGUCACGGUAGUAUUGAUGUAAUAUCGGCGACAGAAAGACCAGCAACAACCGGAGAAAGUUUCUUCGCUAUGCUACAAGACUAUCGUCCAGCUGUUUUGGGUGUUAUUGGAACAGAUCAACGAUCACCUGGCCCAGCUGAAUAUUUAAAGGGGAAAGUAUCUGAACAAUCUCAACAACCAAGCCACAGUAUGCAAAAUUUUUCAAGUGAUAUGACCGCCAGCGAUGACGCAGUCGAUCGUGGUGGUAGCCCAAAGCUGCGAAACAAAUUGCACAGAUUAUGGGGUCCUACAAAACCAGGAAGAAUUCCUACACACGUGUCCGCGACGGAUGAAUGUUCGUUUAUCACAACAUUAUCGGCUGACAUCGAGGAACGACAACGACGUCGAGCAUUUGCUCACUUCGAUUGCCAAUCACUAACAGCGAAUUUGGGAUACGCCGCCAAACUUAGGGGAUUACUGUUAGCGAGGCGCAGAAAUACAACAACUGGAGCGUCAGCAGCAUCAAUGUUAACAACAAGAUCCUCAACGCCUGAUGGAUUAGAAAAUGUUGAUGACUAUGGUGAUGGUCAGCAUAACGAACUGUUGGAAAAUUGCCCUUUCUUCCGUAACGAGAUUGGGGGCGAAGAAGAGCGAGAAGUCAGUCUGACUCGUUUCCAAUCGAAUGUCGGCCAAAAACGUGCGAUCCAUCGACCUGCCUUAGCAUGUGGUGUAUCAGUUCUGGAAUGUGCCCCCGGUGAAACGUUGUGGAAACAGACCACAUGUCCAUUUCAGCGAGGACAACGUCCAAUCGAAUCGGUGGACAAUGGGGCUCGUUAUUAUCGGCAAUACUUUCUUGGCCAAGAGCAUCAGAAUUGGUUCGGCAUGGACGAACAACUUGGACCGGUUGCUAUUUCGAUUAAACGAGAGAAAUUACCGACAUCACACCAAAACCAAUCAACCGAUGGAAAUGCGAAAGAAGCAGCGUAUCAAUUUCGAAUGAUUGUUCGAACGUCUGAGCUGCUAACAUUGCGGGGAUCUGUGAUUGAGGAAUCGGUUCCGAAUCCACGUGGAUUAGGCAAACAAGCUAGUACCAAAGAAGUACUUGAAUACGUAGCUCCAGAAGUUCAAUUGGCAUCACUGAAACUUGGAGUGAAUACGCCACAAUGUGAAGAGCAAAUUUUAAAGCUGGAUGAACAAGGAUUGACGAAUAAAUAUAAAGUGGGUAUCCUGUACUGCAAAGCUGGUCAAGGUACCGAAGAAGACAUGUACAACAACGAAGAAGCUGGUCCGGCAUUUGUUGAAUUUCUCGAAACAAUCGGAAAAAGAGUUCGCCUUAAGGGCUUUGAAAGUUACAAGGCCGGUUUGGACAACAAAACUGAUUCGACUGGUACACACUCCUUAUAUGCUACCUAUCAAGAUUGCGAAGUUAUGUUCCACGUAUCGACGAUGCUGCCAUUUACCCCAAACAAUCGACAGCAAUUGCUUCGGAAGCGACACAUCGGCAACGACAUUGUUACAAUCGUUUUCCAAGAACCGGGAUCAUUGCCAUUUUCGCCAAAACAUAUUCGCAGUCAAUUCCAGCACGUUUUCAUUUGUGUACGAGCUGUAAACCCUUGCACGGAAAAUACGCACUACAAAGUGGCGGUUUCUCGAUCGAAAGAAGUUCCUGUCUUCGGUCCACCAAUACGACCGAACGCACUGUAUUCGAAGUCAAAAACAUUUGCGGACUUUUUGAUAUCCAAAGUGAUAAACGCUGAAAACGCAGCCCACAGAAGUGAAAAAUUUGCUACGAUGGCUACACGAACGCGACAAGAGUAUUUGAAAGAUUUGGCCACAAACUACUGUACCACCACAUUGGUCGACACUGGGCCAAAGUUUUCCAUUUUCCCGAGCAAGAAAAAGGAGAAACCAAAGCUACGCUUCAGUGGAGACUUAACACAACGGGCGGCAUUCUGUUGGCAAGUUGUUUUACACGAUACCGGUCAAGGGACAACGGUGGACUGCUUCCUGGGCAUAUCAGCCGAAACAUUCGUACUGAUUGAAGAAUGUUCACGACAAAUUGUUUUCGUCACGCCAUGCAAAUCCAUUUUGGGCUGGUCAACUAGUGGAUAUUGCAUUCGUAUCUAUCAUCACCAAAGUGAAUGCAUAACAUUAAGCAUGCGAGAGUCUACCGAACGUGAUGAACAGCUGGAAGUCAUCGAAAGAUUGAGAGCGGUGACAAAUGGCUGCGGGGCUAUUGAAUUGAAUUUACGAAGAAAUCCGUUGGGUCAACUUGGAUUCCAUGUACAACCGGAUGGAGUGGUAACGCAAGUCGAAAUGUCGGGUCAAGCGUGGACAGCUGGGCUUCGUCAAGGAUAUCGUCUAGUUGAAAUUUGUAAAAUAGCCGUUGCAACCUUAUCACACGACGAAAUGGUUGAUCUACUGAAGACUUCAUCACAAGUGACUGUAACAGUAAUUGAAUCGUAUUCGGAUCACUCACCUCGUCGCGGAUGCUUCUUGCAAAAUUGCAAAUUCAAUGUGAUCAAUUACGAGGGUGACUAUGAAAACCUGGACGAAACUAAGCCGAAACAAGUGUCGAAAAAUUCAGCAACAGCUCAAUUAAAACAGCCCGGCUCGAAUCAUCGACGUCGCUACGAACGAAAUUUUUCUCCGCCUCGUUCAUCGAACAGUUCAGGAUAUGGGACUGGAAGUAGCAGUCGUUCAUUUAGCAUUCCCAAUGAGCACAUGAGAUUUCCCGCCGACAUGGGAACGUUAACAAGUUCGUCCAGUGGACACUCGUCGAAUGACGAUCGAUGGUAUGACAUCCUGGAAGUACCAGACGCCCAAGAAAAUGGUCAUUCCAGUGACUACCAGCAGCAACAGCAGCAACAUCAACCACAGUACAGUCAUUCCAAAGUCGUUCACACUAAUUCACUACCACUGGCCAAUUCAGUUCGACCGCUUUCGAUUCAUGAACCAGGCGAUAAGCACGGUCCAUUGAACAAGGCACCAGCCGUAAACGAAUUACGACCGCUUCCACGCACCGCAAAUAUUGAGUAUUUGAUAACAAAGUCACCAAAGAUUCAGCACCUAACCAAUACAGACGCUAUGAUCAAAUCGUUACACAUUUCGGAUGGAAACCAGACCGAUUCCAGUUCCAUCAACAACGAGCCAGUAUACAGUGUUUCCAUGAAAAGUAUAUCAACAACCGAUGACGAGGGCAUUGUGCCGGAAUUGGCUCCACUACGUCGAUCGUCCACAACCAGCAGUGUUCAUAAGAACAAAAGUGGCAACGGCACUGUAUCGUCGAGUGCAUCAAGCAGCCGAAAUAACAGUCCUCGACCAUUGGCCGAAGCAAAACUUCGAGCUGGCGUAACAAAUCGAAAUGUGGCACAUCUGCAGCAACGGAACAGUGUCAACUACACCAGUAGUACACUACAAGAAGAUCUGAUGAAACUGAUAAAUCCUGACUACAUGAUGUCCAGCGACGAUAAUUUCCAUCAAGGCGUUUUGUAUCAAAAUAAACCGUCAAAAAACUCGCCCAACAGUCACAGCCUCGGUAACAUUUCCAAUUUAAGCGCACUGAAACCAACCAUUGUGACUGACGAUUUACUAUUGAUGCGCAAAAAAUCACGAUCCCGCGAAGGAAUCAAUUUGGGUUCGCACGGCUUGCCGAUAUCCAGCGAUUCAAAAUUGAAAGCCGAAAGUCAAACCAAAAAUGAAUCGGAUGUAAUUUUCACAACUGCACGCCCAGCAACGGUGAUAUCAUCGUCAGUGACCGAACAGCAAAAGAACAUCAACGAGCUGCACAUCAACGAAGAUCACAUGCGAUCACCACGACGAUUUAAUCCGGCCUUGAUGAACAAGCGAAAGGAAACCGACAAUUUAAUGCAACAGCCACUUCCACUGCUACCAGACAGCAAAGAAGUUGAUUGGACGACACUCGUCGAUCAAGCGAUAAUGCAAGUGAAUGAAGGUCUUAAGAUGUCCAAAGCGAACAAACAGGAAAUAUACGACGAACUGAACAACGGUACAAAUUCGUCCAACGAUGGGAAUCCAUCGCCACCAUCCAUAUCACCGUCAUCAUCAUCCACAUGCUCUUCGUCAUUGAGCGGUUCAUUGCAACAUCAACAAAUUACACCCAGCUCCAGCCUCCCCGAACUACAGAAUCAGGUGACACAGCUUGAAGAUCGAAUUACCAAAGAGACACAAAGACGUAAAUCGCUGGAACAAGCAGUCAGACGAUUGACGGAAGAGAAUCGUCGUCUCCAAGACGAAAGUCAAGCUGCCGUGCAACAAUUGAGACGGUUUACCGAAUGGUUUUUCCAGACGAUUGAUCGGCAAUCGUAGACUGUGUAUUUGUAUAAUAUGAUUGCCCGUUGAUUCUAGUUAACGAUUUUGUUGUUGUUGCUGUUGUUGUGUGCAUAAAAUUUUUGUUUUGUGUCUUUGGUUCGUAACUUAAACCUUUUUCCGCCGAUUUUUUUUAUAUUUAUAAAUUACUGUAGCAUCGUAGAAGAGAUUAACAUUUACAUGAGUGUUUAGUGUGUAGGAGAUUAGUUAAAUGUUAAUAUAACACAGAGGACACCAAUUUAAUAUAAACAUGACAAAUUACGCCUUUCGAUGAAAAGUUAAACAACAAAAAAAUAAAAUUAAUUUAAAAAUUACGAAAAACUUUAGCUGGGUAUGUUGAUUACAAUCAUGUACCUGUGUAGAUUUAAUGUUUAGGUCACAAAUAAUGAUAAGUGCAAGAGUGGUAGAUUACGAGAACUUGAACCAAUUUGAAAACAGCUUUCGUUGAUCCAAGCGGAAGAUUGCUCAUUCACUAAUAGUUUUGGCCACUGGUCUAUUAGAACUAUUAUUACUUCACGAUUGCCAGAACAGAAUGGCUAAGAGAACAUAUUCAACACGAUACACUGUAACUUAGAGCUUUUGCAACUGUUACACUGAAUAUGCUGCUAUACAAGUUGUUGUGGAAUUUUUUUUGCAAAGAGACCGCAUCAUUCCCAGAACGGUUUGUCGUGCUAUUCAUUCACGCUGAGUGGCGAUUCUGCCUGGCUCGGCUUCUAUAUUACCUCACUGCAGAGAAUGCUUGUGAAAUAUGAGGCUGGACUGGAUCAAUGUCGAGCGGACUGUAAAUUGCAGGCUAUGUCAAUCUUAAUGACAUGGAAUCUGAUCAGUACAAAAAUGCUCGGUCAGCUUGGUACAACAGAGUAGGUAUUGGUCAAAUUGUCGACGUAAAAGUAUUUAGAUAAAAGAGUAAGGCGAAGUAAUAGAUUUAAGUGAAGCGUAGGUCCCUAAACGGGAUAGCACAAAGGUUCCGCACGAGAUCUUCAGAAAUGAUCAGUCCUAACUAAGGAAAUCUAGUACUUCCAAUUGGAAAGUUACAUUUUUGUAGAUUAGUUGAAAAGCGAAAUUUAUUCAAGUUAAACGCUAAAAUCUGUGAAUAAUUCAAACAUUGAAGAACAGAAUGGAUUUCGCGAAGGGAAUGCAUUUUGUAUGAGUUCAUGGUAAUCAUGUGACAAUCUCUGUUUGAAUGAGAACGCUUGUAUUGUUUGUGAGACUGUAUACUGAAGACGUACGCAUCUUAAUUUAGGUUUUACACCAUUCGUCUCCUUUGUACGUUAUACCGAUUAUACCAUGAAUGACGUAUCGUAUGAAAGUGUGAGAAACGUUGUCAGUAUAGCGCUAUAAAUUAGUCUUACAUGCACCAGCCAGCAGGCUCAUUCAAAUAAUUACCAUAUACAUUUGGACAUUAAUUGGCAUGGUGCACCUGCACCAAGCGGUUACUCUUCCCUCGUAUUUUUACAUGAUGUGAGCAUUGGCUCAAUAUGUCAUUGAGCAUAUUUCAGUGACCUGAAUUUGAUGACAUUUUUAGCGAAGAAUGAAUGAACCCAUCAUUCGUAUAAAUCAACGAGAGCUGUUGGUCGAAUCCGGUUGAAAUGUUCAAGCGAUAAUAUUAUCACACUUAACGCACUAUAGCAAGAAAAGGAAAAUUUAUUCAACAUCUGAGGGUGCAUGCAAGCUGCUCCUUAUGAUGCGAUUUCUUUUUGUUGUCGCAUUGAUAUAAGAUAUAAUAACCACUUAUAAAAUGACAUUCAAAUAGACUGAAAGAAGGACAAAGUAUUCUGGAUUGUAAUGUCCUUGUAGAUCUAAAAUUGCUUGUCACUUUACUUAUGAAAAUUGAUAGUACCAAUCCUUUUACCUGUCGUUAGUUACGUGUGAAUCAGUGUCUACACAGUUUUUCUUUUCUUUAAAAAGACUCAACGAUAUCAAAAUAGAUGUUGAUGUGGGAUCUAACGACACCUGUAGACUGUAGUGGCUAACUGUGAGAAUUUUGUUCGUAUCCUGAUCUGGGGAUAUUGCUCUUCAAACUAGAAUGCAUUAUGCGGAGAUGGAGAAUAAAUUCAAAAAUAAAUUUGUUGAAAUCAGUGGUCCUUUACAGAUGAGAAUCACCAAGUUGUGUAGACAUUGUUUCACUUUAAAUUUUCAUUUGUCCCAAGUUUUUCAAUAAACAAAUCAAAUUCUAUAAUUUCGUAGCUCGUAGGAAUGGUUUAGCAUUAUGUAGAAUUUUAACUAGAAAAUAUUUGGAACAUAUGGACUUAAAAACGAGAAAAUCAAUAAAAAAUUUAAUCGGACAAAGAGGAACUAAACGAUUUGAAAGUAGAAAAUUUAAGAUUUAAAAACUGUACAACGUAAAGCAUAAUCAAAUAUUGUCUUAUUGAAAUCGUAUGAAUAUCUACCGUUAUAUAAUAAUCUACAAGUGGAGCUAACGAACUAAAAAAAACUUUAUUUUGUUGAGUUGUGAAAAUGUAACGGUUAUGCACGACAUGAGAGUGAAUUUAUUUCAAUUAAAAUAUCAAAAAGUAACAAACCAAAUAACGAUUUUUCCCUCUUAUUCAUAAUUUUAAUUCUUUUUAAACUUUAAUUUAAUCGUAAUAUCCAUUGCUAAAAAUUGUAUAAAUUAAAUCUUACUUUUUGUAAAUAUCAUUUUUAAUUUGUACCAAUUUUUCAAUUUAUAAAUAUUUAGAAAAACCAAGAGAAAACAAACAAAAAAAAUGAAAAAAAUAUUCGAUUUAAUGUAUUCAGGUUACAUUCCAGUGCCUUUUUUUUCGUAAUAAGUUAAGACGAUUCCUUAUGAUUGGUUAUAAAGAAAAGACGAAAAAAGCGAAGAUAAAAAACAAAUCUAAAAUUUAAGUUUAUUGUGUCGUUCUGUAUGUUUGUUAGUUAUUUUAAAUUUUUGUAAUAUUUAAUUAUCUUAAAAGAUUUCUAUUUAAAAUAAAUGUUUUUUUGCAAGAAAUAA